CGAGUCACCAGGGAUGUCGACGCCUUUCAUGGAGCUGGUUCAGGCGGGCAGGCGUCUGUGCCAGAUGGCCUACGACGCCGGCCUGCCAUCCGCGCAGCAGCAACGCCUCCAGUUGGCGCUUGCGGCCGCCGGGGCGGUGGCUAUGCUCAACGCCCGCUUCGCCGCCUGGUUCAAGGACGCAGUCGUCGGCUUCGUCGACACACUCGUCGCCGUCACCAAGACGGUGGACGACCUCGCCGCUCGCCUCCAGCCCACGCGGCCCGCCUCGGCGCUCCCCGCCGCACUGGCCGGCCUCCAUGGCAGCCGUCUCCUACGCGCGCUGUUGGCCCUGGAACUCCCGGCCACCACGCCGGAGAACGUCCACCUCGAGGUCGCGCUCGCCGCGCAGCGUCUCAUCCUGCACCACGCCAUCCGCGGAAUCACCCGCCUCUACGAGAAGAUCAUCUCCGAGGGCAACACCAGUGCGGCCUUCGAAAUCGACGUCAGCAUGGCGGCCUUCCUCGUCCAGGCUAACCUUGGAGGCGUUUGUUCAGAAGCACAUUGAUCUCGCUGACGCUGCUGCCGCAGCUGCCGCUGGCCCGGCGAACUAAGUAAUUAAAUCGGCAAGGAGAAGGUCGUUGAUUGAUCGAUCGAUCAUCAUGGGCUUAUAUA